AUGAUCCAAUCGAAAGACGAAAACGACGAGGUUAAGAAGGCAAUCAAAACAGCUGGAGUAAUCGGUACUUACUGGAUCGGUGGUACGGACAAUGGCAUAGAAGGCUCGUGGAUAUGGAUCUCGAGAAACAAACCAGUGGGAAGCCUCGACGGGUAUACCAACUUCAACAGCGGUGAACCGAACAACUUGGGAACAUCUGGUGAAAACUGCCUCACGAUAAAUUACAAUUUCCAGUGGAAUGAUCUUCCAUGUGAUAAUACCAUACCGUACGUUUGUGAAUAUGAUAUAUUGUAG